GAUUACAAAACAUGCAUUUGUAUUUCAAAUUUAUUCAUUUGAUGUUACAUCUGUAACUACAGUCCACACCAUAACAUAAUGAAUAAUAAACAUAAAUUGACCAAAAUUGAGCAACAUGUUAUACUUUGAUUAUGCCAUAAAUACAGGUACAGGAGAUUCAAAUAAAUAAGGAGAAGACGAUGCAGAUACGAAUUUAUUAAUAUAAGUCAGCUUUGCAUGGCAAAAAGCAAAUCAAAACAAACGGAGCUAGGUUAAAAUGUAUUAACACUUGCAUAAUAUCGAUGAACAAAUCUAUUAAUGUACCGUUUAUAUUGGUUGUACUUGAAGUACAGUUUAAUGUUUCAAAGCUCGUUCAUAUGCGGGAUAACUAAAAAUAAUGGGAAAUGUCUCAUAAUUGCGAUUGACCUAAAUCAGAACGGAGAAUGCAUAUUCGGAUGGAUUCACAUCACAACACAUAAGUUUAUCACAUGACGCAGUACUGACGACCGCUUGCGCGUACAUAGCUUUUUUGUCGUUUUUCCGGCAUAGUUUUGUUAUGUUGUCUUUUAUAACUUGAAAAUUGUAUACCAUAUUCUUGUAUAUCGCAAUGCACAAAAGUAAUAGGCAAGAAAUAACGGAGUGCCUGCACUCGUGUUUAUAGUGUUUACUGGCCUGUAACAUAACCUCGAAACGAUGGAUUUAUUGUAUACUGUAAAUAGAAAAGUGACUCCGAAACCUUUUAUAAAUCAAGAAAGUAAUCAAAUUUUUAGCCUGUAUGAAGGACAAUCUUUAUGCUCACUAUCUAGCCGUAAUAUAGCAGCAUUCACUACAACUACGGAAUUAGAUGAUAAUAGUGGUAAAACAUGGGGAUCUCAUGUUUACGUCUGCGAUUUAAAUAUGCCUUGGCAUACGCACAAGGUUUUGUCAAGCAAAAAUACUAUUACUGCAAUAGAAUGGGAUUUGCCAGGUGAUAAAUUAGUUAUUGCUGAUUCCACCGGAAAUGUUCAAUUAUGGAUGUUGAAAGAUCAUGUUCUUAACGAUUGGGUGUUAAUUGGUUCCACCUGUUUUGUUGGUGAAUAUAUAUUAGGUGCAGCUUGGUUUCAUAAUGGAAAGAAGACUGGCCUUGUAACAGAGAAAAAAGAUAGUAUUCACUAUAGUGAGAAAUUUAAUCACUUACCUUUUGCUCCUUCUGUCAGACAAUUUGGUGGAAGAGCAGCAGAAGGUGUAUUAGUUGUAUCAACUACGGGUAUGGUCGGUGCAGUUAUGAUUACAAAAGACUUUCAAAACCCUAUAUGUUCUUCAACGGAAAGUUUAGGCAGCAUAAGACAUAGGAUAACAGCAGUUGAUCUGUGUUAUGGAAAAAAUGGCCAUAUUUUGGUAGCUGUAAGCAGCGGAAAUAUUUGUUUACCAAUUAGAUGUUACAGAGUAUUAGUUCGCAAAAAUGAUGAUAAAUGUACAAUUAUAUCCCAAGCACUUCCAAGUUUCUUUUUACAGGAUGGUGUACCAAAAGACAAUACAUAUACAAAAGUAACGCAUUUGAAGUUUGUAGUUAGAGAAGAUGCUGAUUCUUUAGUUGUUGCUGUUAAUAGUGACAAUGGAGGUAUUGUAGAGGUAUGGGAAUUAAGAGAAAAGUCACAACCAGUUCACAAAAUGUUUCAGCCGAAAACAUUAGAACCAUUUAAAACUAUUGUGGUGUGGCAGCAUCAAUCACAAUAUCAUUGUCAGUCCCCUAUAGCAGCAAUAGCAACUACAAAAUUACCUAUAGUCACAACAUCGCCUCUUCCAAGUUACGUUAUAGUAGCUUUGGCAGAUUCGUCUGUGCAUUGUUUAAGCCGCGAUUGCCUAAAAGAAAUAGCCUUAUCGUUCUUAAAUAUGGCAUGGAGACCAGAGGAACCGAAUAGUAAAUAUUUUAAAAGUUCGGUUUCUGUAACAAGCAUAGAUCUAUCAUGGUUAGGUUGCGUGCUUUUAGUAUGUGAUACCCGUGGAAAUUUAUACUUAUACAAACUACUACCUGAUGGAGGACCAUCACUAACCCUAAGUUACGCUUGUACAUUGUUGGAAUAUUGUUUAAUAACAGGACUAGACUGGUUAGAUAUACUUUUAUGUCUAAGAUCAUCGAUGAUCGAGCCACUAUGUGAACGACUGGACGUUUCAUUUAACAGACAAUUACAACCAAUACAACAAUACCAUUACAUUCAGUUUCUUUGUAUAAAAACGUCGUUAUACAGAAUGUUAGUAUCAGGACAGAGCAAAGCAGCAGAUCUGUCGUCGUUGCUUAUGAUACAUUCGGUAGCAACAGCCUUUAAAUCCUUGCUACGACCGUCUGAUUUAAUUUCCCACGAUAAGGGACCAGCUGAAAGUUUAGCAGCGGUGAUCAAUGACGCGAUCGCUGACGUAGAUAAGGUACUUUUGCAUCUCGACCCUAAAGAAUUUACCGUCGAACCAAGCACGCUUCAGUCGUUACAGCAAUUAAUUCAGUGGGUUGCCGAUUUGGCACUGAAUCUCCUAGCUCGUCUACCGGAACAACGACUGCAAAUGAAGUCCGGAGGCUACGAACUAUUGAAGGAUCAUAAGGCUUUGAAUACUCUGAGGGAAUUGCUCGUAAUCAUAAGAAUAUGGGGUUUAUUGCGACCUUCGUGUCUACCAGUAUUUCUCCGUAGCGCUGAUAAUCUCGAUGUCUUGGCCUUGUUGUUCCGUUUAUUAUCAAAACUGGUUCAACCAAACGGAGACACUCAGGCUCAACAGAUAGAUGAUGGCUUAAUCGAUGAUUGUUGCCUGUUACCAAAUCAAAUUAUGAUACCACAAUUGCACCAAGGCAGUAGCAUAAUGGCUAUAGCUACACCCAUACUUUUUUAUCAGAGUUUCCCAUUACAGCUGGAAUAUGGCAUAGAACCUGAACAACUAUUAUUUGUACCUGAACUUAAUCCAGUGGAAGGUUGUAUGCACACUGGCCAGAUUGUAGAUGGUAUCAGACACCUAUAUCUUGGGAAACAACCACUUCUUGUUAAGCAAUGUACCAGGUGUGGCGGAAAAGCUCAAGUUCAGAACAUGACGAGAACAGCCGCCAUUAGAGCAUGGGAUCAGCGAUGGGUACGAGCAUGUCGUUGUGGUGGUAUUUGGAGAAUUCAUAAAACAUGUCCAUAAAUCAUUUGCUGGAAGCUGUGCAUUAAUGAAUUUUAUGUUACAACAAUUGUACUUGCAAUUUUGUAAAUUGUAAAACAAAUAACAUUAAACGAUUUUUUAA